AUGGGUCCUCCUCUCGCAUCUCUUGAGGCUCUCUCUCGCCUUUGCGAGUAUCUUUCUCACACCCCUUGGGUGUUCGUUGUCUCCUCAUUUCUGGCGAUGAUCGAUGUAGUGAAUGACAUCGGAAAUAAUAUAACUUUUCCUCCAGCGAAGACCCGAAAACUAAAAUCUGACUUGACAGCGCAAGUGAGCCCUCUGCCACAACUUGUGGCAAAGCCAACCACUGCCCGAUCCAACUCCUUUGUUGGGACCCUUGAGUACUUAGCUCCUGAGAUCAUCAAAGGAGAGGGUCAUGGCAAUGUUGUGGAUUGGUGGACAUUUGGGAUCUUUCUUUACAAGCCCUUAUUUGGUAAAACACCCUUCAAUGGCCUAGGUAAUGAGGAGACUUUAGCGAAUGUGGUGAUACAGAGCCUCAAGUUGGAGUACUUGCAGCGCUCACUCUGGUCAUCGUCCUCCUUUCCUUUAUGCAAAAAGCAUGUGAUCAUUUCUCAUGAUCGUGGCAUCAUCGGCGACGGCUAUAGAGACGAGAUUGAAGACAGAGAAGAGAAGAAAGGGAAGAUGAUAAAUGAGUUUCCUUCGUUCUUUCAUUUCUGA